GCGUGGGGGACCGGACUGAAGAUGGCGGAGGGCGGCGGCACUGAACCGGGCCAAGAAGAGCGGAGGUCGUCGGGGCCGCGGCCUCCGAGCGCCCGAGAUCUGCAGUUGGCCUUGGCAGGAUUAUAUGAAGAUGAAGCAAAAUGCAAAUCUUCCAAGUCUGAUAGACCUAAAGCUACAGCCUUUAAAAGCCCAAGAACACCACCUCAGAGGUUCUGUUCAAGUGAACACGAAUACAGUAGAUUGCAUAUAGUUCGACCUUCAACUGGGAAAAUUGUGAAUGAACUUUUCAAAGAGGCCAGGGAACAUGGGGCCGUCCCUCUGAACGAAGCCACGAGAGCUUCAGGUGAUGACAAACCUAAGUCAUUCACAGGUGGAGGAUACAGAUUGGGUAAUUCCUUUUGUAAGCAGUCUGAAUACAUCUAUGGAGAAAAUCACCUGCAAGAUGUUCAGAUUUUGCUUAAACUGUGGAGCAAUGGUUUCAGUUUAGAUGAUGGAGAAUUGAGACCUUACAGCGACCCAACAAAUGCUCAAUUUCUGGAGUCUGUUAAAAGAGGAGAGAUUCCCCUGGAGCUUCAGCGACUGGUUCAUGGUGGCCAAGUGAACUUGGAUAUGGAGGAUCAUCAGGAUCAAGAAUACAUAAAACCUAGAUUGAGGUUCAAGGCUUUUAGUGGAGAAGGACAAAAACUUGGAAGCCUUACACCUGAAAUAGUCAGCACACCAUCCUCUCCAGAAGAGGAGGAGAAGUCAAUACUUAAUGCAGUUGUCCUUAUUGAUGAAUCAGUGCCAACAACAAAACUUCAGAUCAGGUUAGCAGAUGGGAGUCGUUUGAUACAAAGAUUCAAUAGUACACACAGGAUCUUGGAUGUUCGGGACUUUAUUGUACAGUCCCGUCCUGAAUUUGCAACUCUUGAUUUUAUUCUUGUGACUUCAUUUCCAAACAAAGAGCUAACAGAUGAAAGCCUGACACUACAAGAAGCAGAUAUUCUCAACACUGUGUUACUCCAGCAACUGAAGUAAUAACACUCCUGUCCAUGCAGUCACAUGUAGGAAUAGAUAAUGUGCCAAAUUAGGAUACAUCCAGCAUAAAAAUGAUCAAUUAUUUUUAUUGCUUUUACAAGUGAUUUUUUUAUUAUUCUGUCUUCUAGCUGUAUGGAUGAAUCCAGACUAGGGAUAAAUCUUGAACUAAGUAUGUUUGAAUUUUUAGUUACAGGGUUAGUUUAUGUCAGUAGAUUUUAAAUAUCCAGGCAGACUAAUUUGUUACAUGCUGAGUGUUAAUGUAACAACAUUUGUUUGCAGUGAAAACAAAAACCCCUUUUUGAUAAAUGCAUUUGAUAAAAUUUGCACUGAAGUUUCUUGAUGUUGCAUUGUCUAGCAGCCAUUAAGAAAUCUUUUGAUCAAAUAUUUGAGAGUUUUUCUGUGAUUUAUAUUGAAAACUAUUCUGAUUUUGAAAUAGUUUGAUCAUAUAAUAAUUAUUUCUCCUAUUAAGAUUUUAUGCAUCUUUUUUACUUAUUGAUUUAGCUAUAUUACUAGAAUCAAAAAAUACAAUUUGACCUUGUAUUUUAUAGAACUAUGGCCAUCAUGAGCUAGAAACAAAGGAAGUAGAGGUCAGCAAUUCUUGAGAUGUGGUAACAGUACUUUAAAAUAGAGUGAAUACAAUUGCCUAGAGCUGGCCUUGAUCACAUUCAUUUAUUCAUUCAACACAUUUUAUAAGGAACCUACUUUAUAUACCAAACACUUCUAAGGGCUAAACCCACAAUAUAUUCACCUGAAGAGCAAAACUGUAGAAAUGUAGGAAUGCAAAUUCUGCCAGACUGACUGGAUCUAAGGAAUUACCAACAUAAAUAUUUGCAUUGCUGUUGAAGCCAGACAUUUCCCGAAUAAGGUAGACUACAUCAGGAAUGACAAAAAAGAUUUUUCUUUCUCCCAGAUACCAUUUCAUCCCUGGUCACCACUCCUGGUUAGUUUCCUAUCAGUGCCAUAACAAAAACUACAAUUUAGUAGUUUAAAUUAAUGUAAAUUUAUUAUUUUCCAGCUCUAGAGAUUGCAUGUCCUACGUGGGUCUCAUUGGGAUAAAAUCAGGGUGUCAGGAGGACUGUUUUCUUUUCUGGAGGGCUCUGGGGAAACUGUCUCCUUGCCUUUUCCAGCUUCUGCAGACCACCAGCAUUCUAUGGCUUGUGGCCCCCUUCGUCUGUUGUCAAGGCCAGCAACAUUGCUUCUCUCUGACCCUCCUGUCAUCAUAUCUUUCUGUUAACAGCCAGGAAAGAUUCUUUGCUUUUAAGGACUCAUAAUGACUACAUUGGGCCCACCCAGUUUAAAACCCCGAUUUAAGAUUUGUGGUGACCUGAAUCCCAUCUGCUAAGUCCCCUUUGCCAUAUAAGGUAACAAAUUACAGGUCUGAAGACCAGGUAUGAACAUCAGGGAGGAGGAAGGUGAAUUUUUCUGUCUUAUACAGUCUGCCCCCCUGGCCCCAGAGAUUCACAUCUGUCCCAUCCAAAAAUACCGAAAAGUCUCCAUCCAUGACAGCAUCAACUCAAAGUCCUAAAACCUCAUCAGCCCCCAAAUCCAAAAGCACACCAUCUAAAUCAAGUGUAGGUGCAACUUUGGGUCUGAUCAAUCCUGGAGCACAAUUCCUCUCUGUCUGUGAAACUAGAAAACAAGUUAUCUGUUCUCUGAUGCAGUGGCAGGACAAGCACAGACAUUCCCAUUCAAAGAGAAAAUGGAAUGAAGAAAGCCACCCAGCCCAAACAGUUCUGAAAUCUACUGGGCAAAUGGCAGUAGGUUUGAGGCCUGGAAGUAAUCCUUUAGGGCUCACUACUCUGCUCUCGGCUAUGACUACCCUCGGGGUCGUCCUUUUUCAUGAAAGGAAGUACACGUUUGAAGCGGAGUAGCUUUAUCGGUUUGUUCUCUUGCCUGUACAAUUUUGGGCAUCCACAGCCUUCCUUCAUCUUGUACUCUCUGUCCCCCUCAGUUUUAGAUGGCAGUGUUUUGCUGGUUUAAAAUCCUCAAGAACCUUGUGAUUCUCAUUCCAUCAUAUAAAAAGUCUCCUCUACAGAUCUUUGUUAGAUAAUCCCAUCUCUAUUUUGUACUUCUAAGAUUGCUGAGGGGAUCUAUGAGUCACUUGUUAAUUUCUUCAAAAAACCUUUUUUUUCCCAAUUAAUUUUAUGUAAAAAUUUCAAAGAACGUUUUGUGACCGAAUACUACCUUUUGCUCUUUCUAAGGUAUUAGCAAAAGGUUGUAUAUCCACAUCCUUGGUUUUUUUACUAAAGUAUAUUUUCCUGACAAUGAAUCUUUUAAUUUUAGCAUCUUUUGCCAUUUGAGUAGGCUGAAAAUUUCCUAACUCAUCAAGUCCUGAUUCCACAGUCCUUCCUUCACUGUCAUCAGCAAGAAGAAACCAGGCCACAUCUUCAACACUUGACUUGGAAACCUCGGUAAAUAUCCAGGUUCAUCACUUACAAGUUCUGCUUUCCCCAGAACUGCAGGACACAAUUCAGCCAAGUUUUCUGCCACUUUGUCACAAGGAUCCUCUUUCCCCAUGUUCCCAGCAACAUUUUCCUCAUUUCCUUCCAAGCCCUACUUGGUAUUGUCUUCAGUGUCACAUUUCCAAUAACAGCCUUUUCUUGACGCUUUAGAUACUCUUUAUGGCAUUUAGGUUUUCCCUGCCAUGCCCCUCACUUCUUUCUGAGCAGUUGUUAACACAUAUUUUUACUGACAGUCUGUUCAAGGCAAUCUCAGCUUUUUCUGUCAAGCUCCAAAGAAAUUUUCCAGCCUCUGUCCACUGCCCAACUCCCAAGCCACUUCUCCAUUUUUAGGUAUUUGUUACUGCAACAGCCCACUUCCAACUAUGUAGAAAAGUCUGUUGUGCCUAUUUAGGGGCAGUUGGCUAAAAUGUGCCAGUAGGAAAUUUGGAAUUAAUCUUUCUCUGGAGGCACUGGUUAUUUCUAGGAGGUGAGUUUUCCUGUGCUCCGGCUUUAGUGCUGGAAUUGCUACCAGAAGUAGCAUAGAAGUGUUGAUCCCACCAGUGCUGAGGGAACUUCUCAGUGUCAUAACUGAGUGAGAAGGUCAUCCCUAGUCGUCCAUCCCUUUGGGCCUGCAGGAAGCCCUGCUCCUUUCCAUUUAAGGGAAACAACUUGGAUAAUAUGUAAAGAACAAUCAGCCCCAGUCCAAAAAGAGUAUCAGAGAUCAACUCCAUUUUUUAGGAGUAAAAUCAUCUUCCUGAGAAGAUGCUUUGUUGAAGAAACAAACAUUUUAAAUAAAAGGGUUAGGGUUUUGGAUUAACCAAAUGGGGGAAAAAAUAAGCAAACAUUACGAUAUUACUUGAAAUUGUAUGAUAGCUUCUCUUCAUCAGUUAGAUGGAGUACCUAUAGGUGUACAUACAAAAACCACUGCCAUUUUUGUAGAUAAUAGUCUUCUGAAAUAGAGAUUUGCAUUAGAAUAGAGAAUUAAAUAUGCAGAAAAAGUGAACCAAACUUUGAUAUGUGCUACAUAAUAUUUCGGUUUGUUGCGAGUCAUUUCCCUGAAUUCUUUUUACUACUGUGGUCAGUAUAAUUGUUUAAAUGUAUAAUCUCGGAAAAGAUUAUGUUACAGUGAACAGUUAGACAACCACUUGUCAGUCAUCUUGCAUGGUAUAUAUAAUCAAAAGAUUUGAAAUGUGCAUGGAGCAAUAAAGAAUGUUUCCAUUGAAGAAAUUUUUCAAAAUUUUCUUUGAUUGGUAGUUUUAUUUGACUGAAUAGAUCAUUUUAAACAUGAGUAACAUUUCCUGUGAUUUAAUUUCCUGUGAUGCUUCCUUCUGAGUGACAGAAAAGGAACUGAGUUGUAACAGUGCUAUCUCAACUCCUCAUUGCUGUUUCUGUGCAGGUAUUUCUCUUUGCCACAAUGGAUUCCUGAAAACCUUGUCACAGUGUGUAUUGUAGAUAGAGUGAAUAUUGUUUUCCCCGUAAGAGUUUGUGUCCUUGACCAGUGAUGUAAUUUAAUGUAUCAUAGUAUAUGAGGCCAGUAUUGUCAUAAAGGCUAUGAAAUGGUUUCUAUAGUUCUCUGUAAAAGUUUUUCUCAUCUUUUUUUUUUAAUUGUAGUAACAUGUAAUAUAAAAUUUUCCAUUUUAACCAUUUUUAAGUGUUCAAUUCAGUGACAUCAAUUUCAUUUACAAUGUUGUGCUACCAUCAACAUCAUUCAUUACCAAAACUUUCUCAUCACCCCAAAACAGGAACUCUGUACUCCUUAAGCAGUAACUUCCCAUUUCCUCUCUCCUCAGCUCCUGGUACCUUAUCUACUAUCUAUCUCUCUGAAUUUGCUAAUUCUAGAUAAUUUCAUAUAAGUGAAACUGUACAAUAUUUGUCCUUUAGUGUCUGGUUUUUUUUUCACACAGCAUAAUGUUUUCAAGGUUUAUCCAUUUAUAGGA